AACGCGGACUACACGUUUGUCCCUCUCGGCUCUCCGUAGGUUCCCGCUGCAGCAGCCGUUAGCUCCGGUACCGAGCAGACUGACGGUAAAUCAGCGGCAGCAAACCGUUAUCAGACCGAACAGGUUCAGGAUGAGGUUCGGUUCUGUGGGUCUUCUCGGUGAGGACUGAUACCGGAGCCGGGCACCCACCCGUCGGCCUGGUUCUCUUUGUGCUGCGGCUCUCUGGGUUCUCUGGGUUCUGCUGGAUUCUACCGGAAUGUGGAGCAGGACGGACCUAGAAGACGGAUACGAGUCCAAUAAGACAGGCUCCAGUGGUGGUUCUCCAGGAUGGACUCCAGACUCAGCCUGGAGCAGCAGCAUCUCUGGAGGCCGAAGACUCAGUACGGUGUCGGACAGCGGAGACACCGGCAUCGGAACCUACUGCUCCGACAGCGUGGAAGAUGACUCCAGCUGCAGCACCACUCCUCUGUCCUUCCUGCAGCUGUCUCAGCAUCACCUGGACGAUGACGGCGUCCCCGUUCUGCCCGUCCUGCCAUCCCCGUCCUCCUCUCCUGGAGCCCAGCUCAGAGUGCCGCCGUCCCCCCACGGGUCGGGUCGCUGGGUCCGGAGCUGCUGGGACAUGAAGGACCAGCAGCCGAUCCGGAGAUGGUCGUCCCUCACCAAGCUGUCCUCUGAUAGGAGGACGUCUGGACUCCAGUCCGGCCCGGAAGGACAGGGUUCUCUGGACCGAGGCCUGCUGUCCGGCUACAGGAAGGGGUCCAACGUUGACCUCUACCUGCCCCUGUCCUCCUCCUUCAUCAGCAGCAGCCUCCUGCAGCGCUCACCUGGAGCCGGGCCCGGGUACCGGUACGACCGCAGAGCCCCGGUUAUGGACCUGGACUGGUCCUUGUCCUCCCCGGUCCGACACCACGGCGCUCUGCCAGAGGCUCAGGUCAGCGGACAGGUGAGUGGACAGGUGAGCGGACAGGUGAGCAGCCUCAGCGUCCCGCUGCCUCCUCCGGACCGAAGGUCCCCUAUCCAGCCGGCAGUCCGAACACAGAUGUGGCUCACAGAGCAGAUGGAGUACCGACCCAGUCUGGAGCUCAGUACCGAGGUCUGCAGUGAUGGGCUGUCACUGUGGCAACCGGGGGUCCGGCCAGAACCAGGACUGAACCAGGUGCUGAAGAGCAGCUGUCUACCCGUGAACACUCUGGUGAAGGUUAAAGAAAGUCUUCUGAGCCAGAGAGAGCUGGAGAUCAAUCGGCAGAAGCAGCAGAUUCUGCAGCUUCACGCUCGGAUCAGAGAGAAUGAGCUCCGAGCUCAGCAGGUUCUCCAGAGUCAGAGAGGCUGGUUGGAUGAUCUCCAGGUCACCCCGUGUCACAACUCCUCACCACCAUCCUGCAGGACCAAACCGGACCAGCUUCUGUCGCUUCUUCAGGAUCCCAGAAUGUCCUGCAAACAGCCGAGCAGCAGAAUCUGCUGCGACGAAGACUUGCGAGGAAAACUGGCCGUAGCGGAACUGGAGGUUCUGCAUCUGAACGAGUUCUUCAAGCAGGUCACCCAGAAAUACAGCGAAGACGUCCGCAAGCUGGAGGAGAAGGUGAAGACCAGGGAUCGCUACAUCAGCAGUCUGAAGAAAAAAUGUCAGAGAGAAACGGAUCAGAACCUCGAAAAACAACAACGAAUAGAAACACUGGAAAAAUACCUGUCAGACCUGCCGACCCUGGAGGAGGUCCAGGUGCAGCAGCAACAGCAGCAGCAGGUGCAGCAGAAGGUGGAGGACCUCCAGAAGGCGGUGGUUGUUCUGCAGAGGAGUCUGGAUGAAGGUUCUUGUCUGAUGGAGCAGAAGGAGCUGAAGAUGGAGCAGCAGAACCAGAGGGAGAAGGAGCUGAUGGCCGCAGUGCAUAGUCUGCAGCAGAAGGUCCAGCUGUGUCUGGAUGAUGGAGUUCGACUUCCUGUUCAGGACCUGAAGAGACUUGAAGUGGAGAACAGUCAACUACGGCAGCUACAGGAUCACAGCAGCAGGCUGUUUAAUCAUCAGAGAGAACAGAUCAACAGACUGACGUCUCAGCUGACGGCCACCAGUAGCCGCCUGCAGAAGCAGAGAGGAGUUUCUGAAGGACAGGAGGCCAAGCUGCCCCCCCCACACAGAGCCUUCACUCAGCAGCGUCCAGCAGAUGAAGGGUCCUCAGUACAUCCUUUGUCCCAGGUGGAGAUGCCAGAGCUGGGCCGCCUGCUGAAGGAGAUGUCCUUGUGUCUGCUGGACCUCCAGGGUCUCUGCAGUAUUCUGGCUCAAAGAGCUCAGGGAAAGGAACCCAACCUGACACUGCUGCUGGGCAUGAAGUCUCUGAGCGUCUCAGCAGAGGACAGUGACUGUGAGGUGGAGGUGGUGGAGGAAGAGCUGAGGUUCAAGCUGCUGGAGGUCGGACAGCUGAGGAGAGACAUCGAUGAGCUCAGGAGAAGCAUCUCCGACCGCUACGCCCAGUUCAUGGGAGACAGCUGUGUGCCCCAGUGACACCUCUGAGUUCUGGUAGAGGCUGGUGGAGGCUGGUGGAGGCUGGUGGAGGCUGGUGGAAGCUGGUGGAGACUGAUCGAGGCUGGUGGAGGCUGGUGGAGGCUGGUGGAGGCUGGUGGAGGCUGGUGGAGGCUGGUGGAGACUGAUCGAGGCUGGUGGAGGCUGGUGGAGGCUGGUGGAGGCUGGUGGAAGCUGGUGGAGACUGAUCGAGGCUGGUGGAGGCUGGUGGAGACUGAUCGAGGCUGGUGGAGACUGAUCGAGGCUGGUGGAGGCUGGUGGAGACUGAUCGAGGCUGGUGGAGACUGAUCGAGGCUGGUGGAGGCUGGUGGAGACUGAUCGAGGCUGGUGGAGACUGAUCGAGGCUGGUGGAGACUGAUCGAGGCUGGUGGAGGCUGGUGGAGACUGAUCGAGGCUGGUGGAGACUGAUCGAGGCUGGUGGAAGCUGGUGGAAGCUGGUGGAGACUGAUGGAGACUGAUGGAGGCUGGUGGAGGCUGGUGGAGACUGAUCGAGGCUGGUGGAGGCUGGUGGAAGCUGGUGGAGGCUGGUGGAGACUGAUCGAGGCUGGUGGAGGCUGGUGGAAGCUGGUGGAGGCUGGUGGAGACUGUCAGAGUGUAUUUUCUGUACUGAUGUUCCAGAUGUUUCCAGCAGACCUUCAGUGAUCCACUGGACAGAAACAAUAACUUCACUUCUGAACUCUGAAACAUCUGAACUCUAAAACCUGCCGGCAGGUUUGGAAGAUGUCUCGUUUUUAAAAGAACAAACUGUGCAAACAGAAAGAAUCAUCAGAUGUUUGACUUUCUCUUCCUGAAACUAACCACAAUUAAAACCCAGACUUCAUCAGAACCACUUUAUUCUUCACGUUUCAUUUCAAACUUUGCCAAAAAUAAACUUUGUUGUAACCAGA